AUGAGGGUUCGUUGUGGAUAUCAAGUCGCAGCCGAACUCGUACUGGACGUUGGGAAAGGAGCGCUCAAUUUAGGACGGAAUUCCAUCGUAGUUGGCCAAGAAGGCUCUGGAGGCGUUCAGGUGUGGUCCGAUCAAGGCCAUCGUGCCUUAUUUUUUCGUCCCCAAGAUGUGUAUAACCGACGGGUUAAUCUACCUUUCGUCUGCGAUCAAUGUGGACGUGGAUUUGCCAACGCCCAAGCCCUGACAUCCCACAAUUUGAUCCACACCGGCGAAAAGCCCUUUGCAUGCAAAUAUUGCAACAAGCGAUUCACUGGAAUGACCAACUUAAAGAAGCAUAUAAUUACUCACACAGUGGACGCUGGACCUUCACUUGAGAACGCAUUCCAGGGAACGACCCCAUGCAUGCGAUCAAUGUACACGAGCUCCAACAGCAAAAAUCUCAAAAGACAUCUCGUCAUUCAUUCUGGUGAACGUCCGUUUAAAUGUUGCAUUUGUAGAACGACAUUUCGGCGUAAGGACAAUCUUGACCGUCACAUAAAGAAUACCCACAACCAACCAAAAGAAACGGCGGAUCAUUUGUCGAACUUAGCCGCUGCAGAGUACCUUGUUAUAAAUGCUAACUCGCCAGUUCCUGCUUCUAAAAUCAACUCAGCAGUAAUCUCGAAUGUUAUUUGA